CCCCUCCCCCCCCCAACACUGUUUCUAUGUCUAUCAAAAUAAAUAAAAAUAAUUUUUUAAGUGUCUUUUUUUUGUGGUCACGAUGAAUGCUUUGGGGCUUGAAUUUUGCUUUGCCUGAUUCCACAGAUGCCACUCUGCUCUCUUUUUAUUACCGAUUGCCUGGUAUACUUUGGCCAUCUUUUCAUUUUUAAUGUUUCAACAUCACUUUGUUUUAGAUGUGUCAUUUGUAUAACUCCUUGAGUUUUGUUUUGUGAGCCACAUUGAAACUCUUCAUUUUAAUAGGUGAGUUAAACCCAUUCACAUUUAUUGUUAGGACUAAUAUAUUUUGGCCUCAACUCUAUCAUAAUAUUUUGUUAUCUUUAUUUGCUGUUUCUUUUGCUAUGCGGUGUGUUUUUUCCUCUUGUAUUAAAAAAAUUGGGGAGUGGUAUUUAGGAAGGUUUGUAUUUUUGUUCUGAUGGUUCAUUUUUUGUCCUUGUACCUCUGUAAAUGCCCUUACUCCCCUGUUUGUUUAUUUAACCUUUUGUGUGUGUGAGAAAAAUACAUCGUAUUCAUGAAAUCAAAGUAGAUUGAUGAUAGGCAUCUGUGAGGGUUUUUAUCUACCUCCAGCUCCUCACUGAAGAACUGACUGAUCAUAGCCACUGCAGCCAAGAGCGUAAUGCGUGUUCUGGUCCCCUCAGCUCUGGCUUCCUCUGAUCUGCUGAUCCCCCUUUUGUUCUGGGAGCUCUGACUUGGUCCUGUUCUGUGCUGAGAGUGUGGCUUCUUUGUUGCAAAGGCUUUCCUGGGAUAUUGUUUGCAUUUGUAAAUGCUGGGUUCCUAUUUAGUGUGAAAUUUUUGUUAGUUGAUUUUGUCUUUUUUGGUAGCAUCUUUACUGAGAUAUAAUUAACAUACCACACAAUUCACCCAUUUAAAAGUGUACAGUUUGGUGUUUUUUUGGUAUACUUAGAGUUGUGCAGCCAUCGCCACAGUCCAAUUUUGAAACGUAUUCAUCAUCCCCAGAAGAAACCCUGUGUGUAUUCUCUCCAGUGCCCUACCGCCCCACCCAGGCAACCACCAGUCCGCUUUCUGUUUCUCUGGAUUUGCGUAUCUUGGACCUUUUAUAUAAAUGGAAUCACACAAUAUGCAGUCUUUUGUAACUGGCUUCUUUCCCUUAGCAUAACAGUUUCACGAUUCCUCCCUGUUUGACCAUGUGUCAGCACUUCAUUCCUUUUUAUGGUCAAAUAAUGUUCAGUUGUAUGGGUAUACUACAUUUUGUUUAUUCAUUUAUCUCUAAAUGGACAGUGAAAUUGUUUCUACUUUUGGCUAUUAUGACUAAUGCUGCUAUGAAUAUUUGUGUAUAAGUUUUUGUGUGGACAUAUAUUUUUAUUUCUCUUGAGUAUAUAUUUAGGAGUAGAAUUGCUGGGUCAUAUGGUAACUCUUUGUGUUUAAUUCUUUGAGGAACUGCCAGACUGUUUUCCCAAACGUCUGCAUCAUUUAUAUUCUCCCCAGCAAUGUAUGUGGGUUCCAUAUCGCUCCAUACUUUCAGCAUUUGUUAUUAUCUGUCUUUGAUCAUAGCCAUCCAUUUGGUGUGAAGUGGUGUCUCAUGAUUCUGAUUUGUAUCUUCCCAAUGGUUAGUGAUGUUGAACAUCUUUUCAUGUGUUUAUUGGGCAUUUGUAGAUCUUCUCAGGAAAAAUGUCAGUUCAGCUCCUUUGCCCGUUUUUAAUUGGGCUGUGUUUUAUUAUUGAAUCGUAAGAGGGUUUUUUUGUAUGUUCUAGACAUAAUCCUUUAUCAGAUAUGAUUUGUAAAAAGUUUUCUCCCAUUUUGUGGGUUGCCUUUUUGCUUUCUUGAUAGUAUCCUUUACAGUGUAAACAUUUUAAAUUGUGAUGAUGCCUGAUUUAUCUAUUUUAUCUCAAGUUUAUUUUAUUUUUAUUUUGAGAGAGAAUAUGAGCAGGGGAGGGGCAUAGAGAGAGGGGGAGAGAGAGGAUCACAAGAAGGCUCGGUGCUGUCAGUGUGGAGUCCGACGCUGGGCUCAAACCCAUGAACCUGUGAGCUUAUGACCUGAGCUGAAACCAGGAGUUGGACGCUUAACCAACUGAGCCACCCAGGUGCCCUGUUACCUGUGCUUUUGAUGUAAUAUCCGAUCCAGUGUCACAAAGAUUAUUUAUCUUUAUGUUUUCCUCUUAUAGUUUUAGCUCUCACAUUUAGGUCUUUGAUCCAUUUUGAGUUAAUUUUUGUAUAUGGUGUGAGGUAGGGUUGAACUUUAUUGUUUUGCUUGUGGAUAUCCACUUGUCUCAGCACUGUGUGUUGAUUUGUGUAGCCCCUUAAUAUAUGAUUUAUUAGGUUCCCCCCUUCAGUAUGCAUUAAGCCCAUCUAUUGCCUAUACAGUAAUGACCUUUUUACCAUUAUUUUCUUUUCCUGUCUCUUCUCCCAUUUUUUAGUGCAGUUUUUCUACCUUGUCCCAAUAUGCCACAAUUUUACAUUAGCCUUUCACCUUCAUCCUCAUCUUUCUUUUAAAGUCUUAUAUGUACAUUUACAUAUUUUUUAAUGCUCAACAUCAGUCCUUUGCUGUCAUUUUCUCACUCAUAAUUUGGUUAGAUGAAGCUCAUCUUCUAGUAGAUUUCUCAGGAAGGGCUAGUUAAAUGCAAAAAUUCCCUAUGUUCUUGUAUGCUAAAAACUUUUUUUUUCUAUAGCCUUGAUAUAUGAAAGUAAUUUGGCUGAUAAAAAAUCCUUGGUUCACACUUACUUUCAUUGAUUUUAUUUUAUUUUUUUAUUUUAAUGUUGAUCCAUCGUUGCUUUGCUUUGUGUGUUAGUUUUGAAAUAUCUGAUGAUAGUCUAAUUCUUUUGGAAUUAUAGGUUAUUUAUUCUUUUUACAUAGAGGUCUUGAGGAUUUUAUCUUUAUAUUUGAAAUCAAAUAAUUUUUACUAGGCUGUGUUUCAGAAUUGAUUGUUUUGAGUUAGUUUUCCUAGGUAUCUGGUGAACUCUUCAUUGUGUAAAGUCAGGUAUUUUUCCAUUUAUGGAAAGUUUUCUUGAAUUUUAGUUUAAAAUAUUAGUUUAAUUCCAUUGUUUCGUUUUCCUUCUAAGAGACUACAGUAUUACACAUAUUAUUCCUUCUUUACCUGUCUUCUUUUUCCACUACUUUCUUUCUGACUCGUUCUCUCUCACUCACUUAUUGUCAUUUUCAUUUUUUUGGUUUUCUUGUUUUUCUUCAAUGUCUCUUAUUUGAGUUGAUUCUCCCUUGGACACCUUGUAAUUUAUUUUUCACUUCUGAGAUAAUGUAGUCUUUUUUGCCCAUUUUUUCCUCUGAGUUCAGUUAACUUUUUUUUUUUUUUUUGUAAUUUCACUCUGGGUUUUGAUCUGUUUCUGUUCUUAGUUUUUAAAUUUCUGAUUCAACGUGAGUUUUUUUUUUUUUUUUAAUAUAUCCUUAAAUGCUUUUGGAUAUAUUUAAUUCUGCUUGGAGUAUAGACUUAGAGUUUUUUCUGCUUCAUGGUUUUUUGGAGAGGAAUUUUCCUCAGUUGAAGAAUUCUCUUUUUUAACUUUCUUAUAAACACGUGGAAAUCAUUAGACUUGAAAAAUUUUGCAAAUCUCAUGAGUAUGAAAUGGUAUCUCGUUGUUUUAAUUUUAUCUUUCUGAUUAGGUAGGGUUGUUUAUCUUUUCAUAUUUAUUAGACAUUUAUGUUUCCUUUUUAUUGUAAACUCAAAGGGUAGAGCUGCCAUUUACUGAGGUGGGACAGAGACUAUAGGAGGAGCAGAUUUUGGAGGGAGGUCAGGAGUUUGGUCUUGGACAUGUUUACAGCAUCCAAUAGGCUGUUGGAUAUGUAAGAGUGCAGUACAGAGGAUAGGUGAGGGCUGGAGAUAGAAAUUUGGGGGUUAUUAGUUUAUGAAGAGUAUUUAAAGCCAUGAGACUAAAUGAGAGUAUAGACUGGGGAGAGAGUGUAGACAAUGAGAGGUCCGGAGACUGAAGUCAUUAUUUAGAGGAUAACUGGCUUCACUAUUUAGGGUUCAGAGUGGUGAAGAGGGAGGUGGGGAGAAACCAGUAAAGGAGACAGAAGGAAUUUAAAGGUAGGAGGAAAACCAGGAAAGUGUAGUAUUCUGGAAUUCAAGUGAAGAAAAUGUUUCUGGAAGGAAGGUAUGAUUGACUGGCAAGUGCUGCUGGUAGAUUCAGGAGGAGGAGGAGAAGUAGCUGUUAGAUUUAGUGACAUGGAUUUCAUGAUUGAUCUUGACUAGAGCACUUUGGUGCGGUGGUGGAUUGGAAGGUGAGAUUGGUGAGGGGCCAAGCAAGAAUAGGAGAGAAAUCAGAGUGACUGUGGUAUAUAGGCAGCCCUUUGAGGAAUUUGGUUAUAAAUGGAGAAGGAGGAUGGUAGUCCCAGGAGGAUGUGGUUCUGGAGAGUUGGGAGCUUCACCAGAGGGAAGUUGUAUGGUGAUGGGAAGGAUCUACUGAAGAGGGGAAAAUGCUGUGGGAGGAAGAGGAAAAUUGCUGAAGUUGGGUCUUUCAGCUUAGUUAGAGGAUGUGUCCACUGCUGUUCUGGGAGAGAUGGCUUCUUUUCGCACCAGUGUCCUCAUCAGCAUCUUCCUUGGAGUGAAGGUCUCUGCUGUCCAGUCGUCUUUCUGUGUUCAAGGGCAGAUGGGUUCAUUCACUGCACCUGGCCCUGUACAGUUCACUCUGAAGUAGCAGCAUAAACCAAUGUAUCUACUGUUAUUGACAUCACCUUCUCCCCAGUAACAAACCCUGCUGGUGUUUAGUCUUUUCUUUCUGUCUGUCCAUGAAUUUUAGAAGGAAGCUGGUUCCUUUGAUGAAUUUUGCUAGUCACAAAUAAGUUAGUUUAAAUCCGAGAUUGGCACAUUUUUUUUUUUUUUGCAAAGGACCAAAUAGUAAAUAUUUUAGGCUUGGUGGUCUACAUAUAGUUGCUAUUACAUAUUCUUCUUCCUUUUUUUAACAACGCUUUAAAAAUGUAAAAACCAUUCUUAGGUUUUUACUCUAUGGUUUAAGUGAACUCUCCUCCUUUCUUAUCCAUUAAGCUCCUGAGCCCAUACUUUUCAUUACUAGCUUAUGUGCCCUAAGCAAUUGCAAGCAAAGUUCACUUUAUAAAAGGUUUUAUUGAGAUAUAAUUUACAGGUUUAAAGUGUGCAAUUCAGUGGUUUUUGGUAUGUUCGCAGAGUUGUGCAACCAUCUUCAUAAUAUCUGGUUUAAUUUCAGAGGGUAUUCAUUGCACCAAAGCUAACUUUUUUAUAGCUCUGAGUUAUGAUUUAUAUGCAAUAACAUUUUUGAGUGAAGUUUGAAUUUUAAUAAAGCUAAUUUUAAUAUUAUCAAAGGAAAAUACCGUUUUUUAAUGUUUAUUUUGAGAGAGCGAGCGUGAGAGCGUGCACAUGUGGGAAGGUGAGAGAGAGAGAGGGAGAGGGAGAAAGAGAAUCCCAAGCAGGCUCUACACUGUCAACACAGAGCCUGAUGCGGGGCUUGAUCCCACAAACCGUGAGAUCAUGACUUGAGCCGAAAUCAAGAGUUGGAUGUUUAACUGACUGAGCCACCCAGGUACCCCUCAAAGGAAAAUAUUCUAAGUAAUACUUUUUUUUUUGAGCCCCACAGAAUUACUAAAUCUUAUUUUCUCCCAAGGGACCCCCACCUUUUUCUUUAAGCCAUUAGUUCUGUAUUCCUUGGACCAACAGCAUCCAUAUCACUUGGGAACUUGCUAGAAGUAAGGCUCACCCUUCGGGUAGGGCCCGGCAAUCUGUGUUUUAACCAGCCCUUCAAGUGAUUCCGAUGCACACUGAAAUUUGAGAGCUGCUACUCUAAAUUCUGUUGCUGAGUGGAAUUGCUGGGUUAUGGCAUAUGAGCAUGUUCAACUUUAAAUGGGUACUGUCACCUCCUUCCAAAUUGGUUAAUGCUCAUGUAUACUCCCUAGCAGUAUAUGAGAGUCCUUAUUGUUCUACAUCCUCACCAACACUACAGAAUGUGCAACUUUAAUUUUUUUGUGUGGGUGUGGAAUGGUUAUGAUCUUAAUUUGUGUUUACUCAGUUACUAAUGAGGUUGAUAUCAUUAUGUCCAUAGGUAAUUUGAGUUUUGUGUUCUAUGAUAUGUUGCUAGGAGUUUUUUGCCUAUGAAAAUAAAUAUAGUUAUGCAAACAAAUAAUCACAAUGUAUUGAAAUCAUCACAGAAUAAACCCGGAAUUUCCAAGAAGGAAACUCAGGGGGAAAAUAACAAAGUCAAGGAAAGAAUCCCAGGGGAGAUGCUGGUCAAACAGUCCUGAAAGAAGAUUUGUCAAGUGGAGUGAAGGAAGACCAUCUGUGUGUGUAAAAAGUAAAUAGUGGCUCACAUGUCAGAGGAUGGCACGGUCACGCUCUAGAUCCCCCAGGUGGAAACACAGGUCAUUAUCACCAGUACCUAGAAAUUCUGAACACUACAAGCAAAGGUACUCUCAUGGGCAUUAUGGCUGUGAAUAUAGGAAGGAUCCAAAGAGACCCACCACUUGGCGAAUGGACAGUGAGAAACAUGGACAGAGUAAACCAAGGAUUCCUUCUCGUGGAAAUAUACAUUACCGAUCUUAUGAACAUAGAUCACCUUCCCCAAACAUAAGAAGAACCUCUUCAGAAAAUGUUUAUACUUUUAAGCCUUACCGAGAAUACUUACCAGGAAGAAGAGAUGGUAACAGAGGAUUGCACUAUAUGCCCCAAUACUCAGAAGGUGUACCUUACAAAGAGAACCAGAGGAAUUUUUAUCCCCAGAAAGUACAAGGAAGGUAUAUUCCUGAUGACCACAGAGUUAGAGGAAGUGGAAAAGGAGGGAAGCCACCUCAGAGGUCAAUAGCAGAUUCUUUUAGGUUCGAAGGAAAGUGGUAUGAAGAUGAGUUGAGGCACCAGAGGAUACAAGAUGAAAACCAUUCUCAGUCACUUAGAAGAGGCUCUGAAGACUUUGAGAAAAGGAGCUCUUUUCAGAAGAGGUAUCCUGAGGAUCGUGAUUUCAGAAAAUAUGGACACACAUCAAAAAGACCUAAAGACGUGGAGAGGUACGAAAACAGAGAUCCUGCCAGGAACCCACAGUGGAAGUUCGAGCAUUCUCUUCCAUCUUACCAAGGGAAGAAAGAGCAACGGAACCUUGGGCCCCAAACUCAUCGAUAUGCUCAGAGGGAACCCCCAGAGACCAGUUCGGCAACCAGGGUAUCCUGUGACUAUCGCCACAAACGUCCUAAGACGUCAGGUGGGGACCAGGACUUUUCUGCUGGAAGAAUUCCGAAGUACUCUAAGGAAGAAGAGAGAAAAUACAGUUCUCAAAAAGGCCCCGUAAAUAGACAGUCCAUUUGUCUUACUGCUGGAAGAGGGAGAGAGACUGAAGGUGGGCAAGUCCAAGAACCUCUCACACCAUCUAAGAAAGACUGCACUGCCUCUACUCGCUCGCGCGAAAGUGACAUUGGCCUGAGACCCUACAAUGACAAACGGAAGGAGAAAAUAAAGAGAGAUGGGGAUGGCGGAAAAGAGAGCAACUCUUCCAGUAACCAACUCGAUAAAAGUAACAGACUUUCCAAUGUGAAACCUUCAUCUGCCAGUCUUAGGAAGAAAUCACUUACUGUUAAAGUAGAUGUGAAGAAAACAGUAAAUACAUCCAGGGUUGCUUCUAGCUAUUCCACAGAGAGACAGAUGUCACAUGAUUUGGUUGCUGUUGGCAGGAAAAGUGAGAACUUUCAUCCAGUGUUUGAACAUCUUGACUCAACUCAGAAUACUGAAAACAAACCUACAGGAGAAUUUGCUCAGGAAAUCAUAACUAUAAUCCAUCAAGUUAAAGCAAAUUAUUUUCCAUCACCUGACAUUACUUUACAUGAGCGUUUUUCAAAAAUGCGAGAUACACACGCUGCAGAUGUAAAUGAAGUUAAAUCGAAUUCAGAUCCAGAAAUUCACAGGAGAAUAGAUAUGUCUUUGGCUGAGCUUCAGAAUAAACAAACAAUGGUAUAUGAAUCAGAACAGACUCUGGUCAAAAUAAUAGACCCAAAUGACCUACGACAUGACAUUGAAAGAAGGAGAAAAGAACGGUUACAGAAUGAAGAUGAGCACAUUUUUCACAUAGCUAGUGCUGCAGAGAGGAAUGAUGAGCAUUCCAGUUUUUCAGGGUUGAAGAAUAUUCAUGUUGAUGAAUUCCAAAAACCUAUAGGUUUUACAAAAUCAAAUUUUAGAAAAUUUAUUCAGAAACCGCACAUGAAUUAUACCAUGCAGGAAAAAGACGUCAUUACUCACAAACCCUUUGGAGCUGAGGGAAACCGUCAAAACACAACAAGCUUUAGAAGACCAUUUAAGACCAACUUUAGAGGUGGCAGAUUCCAGCCCCAUUAUAAAUCAGGCCUAGUACAGAAGAGCUUAUACAUUCAAGCUAAAUAUCAGCGUUUACGAUUUGCUGGCCCAAGGGGAUUUAUCACUAAUAAAUUCAGAGAAAAAUUACUGAGGAAGAAAAAGAUGGCAGCCUGGCUGUUGACGGGGAAGCAAGUCAUUGAUUUCCACUCAAGGAAGAAGGUUGAGGCAAGCCUUUUCCUCAGUUGCAAGGUUGGGAUUCGGGUACAUGUUGUGUGUUCUUUUCUGUUGGCUCUCUGUUAGCCUCCUCUGACUCCAUUUUUACCUCUAGUUUUUAGAUGACUCGGGACUCCUGAGGGCUUGACCAUCUGCCUCAGCCUGCAGUUUCUAUGUGCUCAUUGAACUUGUGCUGUUUAGUCAUUCUUUUCUUAGCCUCACCGUGCCAACUUCCUAUUGACCACCCAGUUCUUCCAGACCACAUCGACCACCAGCCUCCCUUAACAGCAAAUAGAAACCAGACAUCAAGCCUUCAUCUGAGGACCUAAGAAGUGUGUCCUAGAGGAGGCCACAAGCUGCUAUGAGUCUCUAGUCUUUAGGGGCUAGGCGUUUUAUGUCCUCUAAAAUGUAGCAGUUACAGGUAACAUCCAGUGCAGGUCUAGCCUGCCCUCCUUUGUCUUUCACUGCCAUCUGAGGGCUUUAGAAGUAGUCCCAACACACUGCAUUUUGUGACAUUCACUGUCUACGGCUCUUUUUCUUGCGCCUGUCCUUCUGGAUGCUACUUUGUCUUUGUAUUGUAGCUUUGACAUGGGCUUUUACAUUCUGGCUACUGUCAGUACCUACAAGCGAGGCAUAAACAGGCUGUUUUGUAGAUUUGUGUUUGAACAGCCCAGCUCUCCAAGUAUGGCAUGAAAUGAGGUACAUACCAUACGAUUAGCAUCCUACUUAACAAUUGAGUUCCACAUUCUCCUACCCUUUAGGAUAAGGAAUGAGGCAUUGCACCUUCUCUGUUUCUGCCACGGUCUGAACUAAGGCACUUAAGGCUUACCUGGCCUUUGGGCUGUCCCAGUAGUAUUGUGCUGCUCUGAAACCCCAUUCCAUGUGUGUAAACUGAUGACUUAGACCUAUUACUUCAUUUUCCCUCAACCUUUAUGCCCUGAAAGAAAAGAGGUGUGAAGGCUUGGAGUCUUUAGUUUUUUCCAGUGUUGCUUGCUUCCGCUUUCCCUUCGAUUAGGGCCACUUUUGCUCCAAUGGACUUACUGAAUGUGAGGUACCACUUAUAUCACUUUUCAUCUCAAGCUUCUGCUUCGGAGGGAACUUUGAAGGUCCUGUCCUGGAAAGAAGCCGUAGUCUGGGCACCAUCUGUACACCACUUUUUUUUUUGCUUUUUGCCCUAAAAGAGAAUUCAUUCUUUUUAUUGUUAUUAGAUCACCACCUAGAUGAAUUAAAGGUUCAUCACCAGUUAAUUAAUCUAGGUGCCCUGGGGCUGCUCUAGCCUGAAACCAGAUCUGAACCUACACACCCAUACAUGCCUGACAGUCUACCAGGAAGGUUCAGACUGACCUUGUCUGGACUGCUCCCUCCCUAGCUGUGGUGAAAUGCCUGGGCUGAUCAUUCCUGACUUGGAAGUCUUGUGGUGCUCAUCUGUAGUGCGGUCCAGUCACUGUGCCAUCAUUCACGUGCUUCCUCUCUCCAACACCAAACGGUCUCAGGAAGGAGUGGGGGAGAUCCUAGAUGUGCUCCUAAUAUUUCUUCUUGUCCCACUUCACAAGACUGAUUGUGGCCCCCCAGCUGCCUACAAAAUAGCAGGAUUCCCAAGCAGUAUUAAGAAGUACAGAACUGAAAUGCUUCCUCCUAAUUUAUCUGGUGUUUAUCAUUAUUAAUCCCAUUCUGGCACCUACAUUGUCUUUUAUCGUGUCUCCUUUCUCUCAGAUUCUGUGCCUGGGCUAGACGAUGAGGGGGUGGGAGGAAUGUCUGUUACCACCUGGAGUAAGGCUGGUCUGUUCACAGCCAUUCACAAAUGCCCCCCUUUAAAGAUCCUCUGCUCAUCACAAAGUUUCCAGAAAUUCUUGGGGGAGUAGGACAAAGAACGUAGUAAAAAUUCAUGAAGCCACUUCUGAGAAUAUUGGCUCUGAAAAAAUGCUAGCGGUUGAGUGUUUAGUCAGGGAGACCUGGACCUCU